CGCCCAGCGCUCCCACCACUUGUCAUAUAACCGCCUUGUGCGAUUCUCUGCCUCUUCUCUACUCUUCAUCUUUUCUUUGUCUUUUACACCUAACCAUCAACGCCCUGCUGCCCCGCGGUUCCCCCAGGUCGUCGAUAACAUGGCUGCGCCCACUCCCCCACAACACCCAGGCUCCCCAGACACUGGCCCUACCGACCCUACGCUGCCAAAGCUGCCUGCUGGAUGGAUAGCCCAGUGGGACAACUCAUCGAAGAAGUAUUACUAUGUCCAGAUCAGCACCGGCGUGUCGCAAUGGGACCUGCCCACCAGCGAAGCCCCCGUGGGCGGCGGCUCCAACCGCAGCACUCCGGCACAGCCCUUGAACCCAUACCAUAAACCAGACGGCACACAAGGUCCUGAAGCUGGUGACGGGACACGAGGCAUGGGAGACGGCCCGACUGGAGACAGGGCCGGUGGGCUAGGUGGUUUCGCAAUGAACGCUAUCAUGGGUGGUGGUAAGAAGCAGAACAACGGACACGGCGGCGGCGGCUCAGGAAACCUUGUUGGUCAACUCGCUGGUUCCCUGCUCGGAGGCGGAAAGCAGUCACAUGGCAGCAGUGGACAGGGUGGUAGCGGUGGGUCCGGCAACCUCGUCGGACAACUAGGAUCACUACUAGGAGGCGGAAAGCAGCAUGGAAGCUCGUCUGGCGGUCAAGGUAGUGGCGCUGGCCAUGGAUCCAGUGGUGGUGGUGGUGGCCUUGGAGGGCUGCUCGGAGGUGUGCUUGGUGGACAGCAACAUAAGCCAAACAAGCCAAACAACGACUUUGGCUAUAGUCACAGCUCAGCAUCGAGCGCGACAUAUACAGGCACUGCGCCACCAACGUCGUACAAUCCCGGUGGCCAAUCUGGCGGAUACAGCGGUGGACCUCCCAAUCAGUCUAGCUAUUCGUCGCCUCCACCUGGCCAGCAAUAUGGACAAGGUCAGGGACAAGGAGGCUAUGGACAGCCACAGCCACAGCAUCAACAAAACCAGCACGGCGCGCCUCAGCAGCACCAGCAAGCGUACGGAUCUCAAGCAGGUUUUGGAGGGCAAUCUAACUACGGAGGCGGCCCGCCCAGCUACGGACAAGGACCACCGGGAGGACCACCAGGAGGACCACCUGGAGGCUACGGACAGCAAGCCGGCUAUGGUGGUCCAGCAGGCUACGGCGGCGCUCCUAGCGGUCCUUAUGGAGGACCUGCAAACUAUGACAACCAUCAACACAACCAGUAUGGCGGACAGCCUACACCGCAGAACCAAGCCGGGAUGGCAUUAAGCCGCAGAGACUCGAGGUACCCAAAAUUGCGAUACGACUGACUAAAGUGUGCUAUAUAUGGAGCAGGACGAUUCAUAAUGGCGACGGAAUAUCAGUAACCUUGAAUCUUUUACUGGGUGGGGCAUUAGAGUCAAAGCAAAAGGGAUAUUUAUGGCCGAGAUACCUUUCUCUCGAUUCUGUAGAUCAAUACUUCUUCUAUUCUGUUCAUACUCAUACUCACGCUUUCGCGGUCGCCUGACGUUGGACUACACUAACCUGGGUUUGAGACUCAAAUGUGAUUGAGUGUUCUGAGGGGUUCUUUCCUCCGUUCUAGG